AUGACAUCAUUCACAGACUAUGGAAAGAGUGCAAUGAUUAUUCUAGAAUCAGCUUACUCCCUCCACGAUAGAGCCUUCUUCAGCAACCUAGGCACGAUCUUGCUAUAUGCCUUGAUGGGCACUUUAAUCAACUGUUUUACCAUAGGACCAAGUCUGUAUGGACUUGCCAUAGUUGGAGCCCUGGGACCAAUCAGUGUGGGGAUUACAGAGUGCCUUGUGUUUAGUUCGUUGAUCUCGGCAGUGGACCCUGUAGCUGUCUUAGCGAUAUUUCAAGAAAUAGGUGUAAAUAAAGUGCUCUACUUCCUCGUUUUUGGAGAAUCUCUUUUGAAUGAUGCUGUAACUAUCGUCCUUUACACAAUGAUGGUUGGCUUGUCUUCUACGUCACAUGUAACAGCAGGACAGGUUGCCACUGGUAUUGCUGCUUUCUUUUGUGUUAGUCUAGGUGGCCUGUUGAUUGGAAUAUUGAUGGGUAUUAUCACAGCAUUGGUUACAAGACUUACUCAGAAGGUUCGAGUGGUCGAGCCUUUAGCGUUACUGGGAAUAGCUUAUUUAUCCUACUUACUGGCUGAAAUGGUCCAUUUCUCUGGAAUAAUUAGUAUUAUAGCAUGUGGUCUCGUUCAAGCCCAGUAUGCUCGUUUUAACAUUUCUCAGAAGUCGUAUAUCACUGUUAAAUACUUUAUUAAGAUGUUGAGCGCCAUCUGUGAUACAUUAAUCUUCCUCUUUCUUGGAAUGGUUUUGGUGAAUGAUAAUCACAUCUGGCACACUGGCUUUGUCCUUUGGACUGUUGCUCUGUGUUUGAUUGCAAGAUUCUGCAGUGUUUAUGUACUAACUUUCUUAGCCAAUUACUUUGAAAGACUGCACAACAUCAAUAUUGAAGAGCAGUUUGUUAUGGCAUACGGAGGGCUCCGUGGGGCUGUGGCAUUUUCCCUGGUUAUUAUGUUGGACAAAAAAACUGUUCCAAACAAGUCCUUAUUCAUCACAGCUACACUUUUUAUGGUCUUAUUUACAGUUUUUAUUCAGGGUAGUACUGUCAAACCUCUAGUUAAUCUGUUGAAAAUAAGAACCCAGAAGAAAGAAAAUUACAGACUUUUUCAGGAAGUUAACACAAAGGUAAUUGACAACAUGAUGGCUGGAAUAGAGGAAGUAACAGGAAAUCAUAGUGAGAAUUAUUGGAAGAAAAUCCUUUGUUACUACGAUGAUCGCUACUUCAAGAAAUGGCUUCAACACACCAAAACUGAUAAUAGCUUGACUCGAGUGUACACAAAGACCGUUCUUGCUGACCAUUUUGCACACUUGUAUGGACCUGCUACAGCUUUAGAGGAUAAACAACCUCUCAUGUUGAAUCAAGCAAUAGAUGAAGACAUAACUGAUGCAAUGGAUGAUGGUAUAAUAUACAAACAGAAUGAAGAUACAAUAUUGUUUUCAAAAAAGAAAGCCUUCAAGAGUGCUAAAGUUCAUGUUGGUGCCACAAGAAAUUUUCAAGUCUUGUUACAAGAAAUCAACCAUGCUAGCCAGGAGGAUACUGAAAGCCAACCUGUAAAGGAGCAGAAGCUAUCAAUCUCAUCAUCGUUUAAGUUAACCAGACCAGAAACAGAAGACGAUCCUUCGAAUCUCUUACUUAGGGCACUCCAAAAUAAUCCAUACAAUAAGUACCAUCAAAAGUAUAAUCGAGAUCUAAUUGGAGAUGAUCAACAGGAACUGGCAUCCCACAUGCAUGCAAGGAGAAUGCGAGCUAAGCGACUAACUCUUUCUGCUGUUAGCAGGAAAGCAAAUUGUAAAACUUUGCCAUUCGAUGGUGAUGAUCACCAUAGUACAAGUGAGCAGGAUAUUACAGCUUCUAACUACCUCGAACAACGACCAUACACUGCUCCUAGAUUGUUUACAGGGAAUCCGCUGUAUGACAGUGCUACAAACAUAUUUCUAGAGCUAGCACAAAAACGACAGUCAAUUAUGAGUGGUAAGUCGGAUUCUGCCCACGUAAAAUCUGUAUCGGUUAGCCUCUCAUCACCAGCAACAGGUGGUCACAAUACACAGUUUGAGAAAUAUGAGGAACCUGCAGACACCGUGAAUGAAUCCCUGCAGAUAGCAAGUUUAGAGAGCAUUGAAGAAGAAUUAGAAAAUAAAAAUGGUAGCAGUUUGGAUCCCAAGGACCACAUUAACAAGAGAGUUCGGUUAGUGACCCCCAUCUCUCCAGCAAAAAUGGAAGAAUAACCCUCUCGAUGUAAAUAUAUAUUAUUUAAUUUUUUAAUAGCAUUAUAUAACUUGUUGGUAAAACUUUCUUUAACAAUCAAUUAAUUUCUUUAACCUAUUUCCAAAUUUUUAUAAUAAUAUGUUGUGUAACAUAUCUAUAUGUUGGUAAAAGUCCGAUUAGAUUCCUAGACUUCUCCCAUAAUAGUUUUUAUUAUCUUGGUCAGUAUUUUAAAAUUUCAUUUUAGAUUUUUUUUAUUUCA